GCGGAAAUAAAAUGAUUAUUAUUAUUUUUUAAACUGGGUCGUGCCACCAGGGUAGUUCUGUAGGCUCUGCAACUCUAACAGCGAUAGGAAAGAGGAAAGAAAGGGUCCCAGCAAUGCUAAGACAUUAAGGUGUGGCGAGUGCAACUCCUGGUGUCUUGCGGGAUGCUGCGUUCCUCCUCAACAAAGCCCCAAUCCGCCGCCAGUUCCGUCCUCAAGCAUCUCCAUGAGGGAAGGAUUCGACAGCGGAGCGGGUUCAAUAUACAGAGUUUUCCUCCUCAACCACUGGAGAUUGUAGGAUGGGUGGUGGAGGAGCGCGCGCGAAACAGAGCCUCCCGCUCCCUGGCGUCGCUCUUGUUCAAGCCAUGUCCAUUGUUGCGUGCCGUGUUGUUACUUUGUACGAGUUAAGAAGUAGGACCCCUUCUUUCUUCCCUUAUCUCGUCCAGCUCUUCACACCCUCAGCAAUUUUAGACAGUCCUGGUGGUUGCGUUGCGUUGCAGCCCCGGCUCUCCCGUCUUGUUCGAAGGAGUAGCCUCCGCUUAAGCCGUCCUCUCGCGUCGUCUCACCCAGACCCAACCAAACAAGGAUGCCAUCCUCGCGUCUGACGGGAACGUUCAUCUCGUCAAAAAGGAUGCUAGCAUUUCUGAAGUCAGGUCAGGAAAAAAGAGGGGUUCAAUA